UCUCUCUCUCAAUCUCUCUCUCUCUCUCUAAAGCUCUCAGAGAGAAAAAAAAGCGAAGCAAAAGCUGAGAGUGAAGAACGAGAAUGCUGAGAGUGAAGACGAAAGAAGAAAAGGCGAGGCCGCGUGAGUAGUACUUACCGUGUGGUUGCAGUAACACCUUAAGCAAUGGUGAGGCCGAUUCGUCUUCUUCAUCUUCAUCGUCUUCUUCAGUGGCUUCUCAUCUUCUGCUCCGUUUUCUCUUCGGCUUCGGCCAAGCAUGCGCCUUAUGCUAUGCGCAUAAACUGUGGAGCGCGUCAUGAUGUCCAUACAGCACCAACCAAUACACUGUGGUAUAGGGAUUUUGGAUAUACAGGGGGAAUUCCUACCAAUGCCUCCCUCCCAAGUUAUGUCAGUCCUCAUCUUGAUACGCUCAGAUAUUUUCCACUGUCUGAAGGGCCUGAGAAUUGUUAUGUUAUCAAGAAUGUUCCUAAAGGGCGUUACUCAGUGAGGAUAUUCUUUGGAUCGGUUGUAUCUAAAAGCGAUGAUCUUGAACCCUUGUUUGAUAUUUCUGUUGAGGGUACUCUGAUUACUUCGCUAAAAUCAGGUUGGAGCAACGAGGAUGAACAGGUUUUUGCUGAAGCUCAAGUGCUUCUUGCAGAUGGCUCUGUUUCUAUCUGCUUUCAUAGCACUGGUCAUGGUGACCCAGCAAUCCUUGCCAUUGAAAUUCUUCAAAUUGAUGAUAAAGCAUACCAGUUCAGCCAACACUCAGCUCAAGGGGUAAUUCUUAGAACAGUGUCAAGAUUGAGUUGUGGUGAUGGAAGGCCAAAGUUUGGUGCUGACUAUGGUGGGGAUCCGUGGGGUGGUGAUAGGUUUUGGAAACCCAAAAAAAGCUUUGGUCAGAGUGCUGAUUCGGCAAUAUCCACCGAGACCAGCAUUAAGCAAGUUUCAAAACCACCUAACUUUUAUCCAGCAGGACUUUAUGAGAGAGCAAUCGUGAGCUCCAGCAGUCAGCCCGAUUUGGAAUAUACUGUUGACGUUGAUCCUAACAGAAACUAUUCAAUCUGGUUACACUUUGCCGAGAUAGAUCUGAGGAUCACUGGUGUAGGUCAGAGGGUAUUUGAUAUUAUUAUAAAUGGAGACAUUGCAAUCGAAGAGGUGGAUGUUAUCAAACUGAGUGGGGACCGAUAUGCAGCUCUUGUACUCAACACAACUGUUGCGGUCAGUGGGAGGAGUUUGACAAUCACCUUGCGACCUACAAAAGGCAAUGCUAUAAUCUGUGCGAUUGAGAUAUUUGAAAUUCUAGUCGCCGAGUCGAAAACUUUACCAGAUGAAGUAAAGGCUCUACAGACAUUGAAGAGUACGUUAGGGCUCCCCGUACGGUUGGGGUGGAAUGGUGAUCCUUGCGUUCCCCAACAGCACCCAUGGAGUGGAGCAGAUUGCCAGUUUGAUAAAAGUACCAGCAGAUGGGUUAUUGACGGACUGGUUCUCGAUAAUCAAGGUUUAAAGGGCUUCUUGCAAGAUGAUAUCUCAAAAUUGCGUCAUUUACAGAGCAUAAAUCUUAGUGGAAAUAAUAUACAUGGACCAAUUCCAUCCUCGCUUGGAGCAAUAACAAGUUUGGAAGUUUUGGACCUCUCAUAUAAUUCCUUUAAUGGAUCAAUCCCUGAAACACUUGGACAGUUGACCUCCUUGCAAAGAUUAUAUCUUAAUAGCAAUUCUUUGUCUGGAAGGGUUCCAGCUGCUCUGGGAGGAAGGCUUCUGCACAGAGCUAGCUUUAACUUUACUGACAACCAUGGGCUUUGUGGUAUGCCUGGAUUGCGAACAUGUGGGCCACACCUUACCGUUGGUGCGAAAAUAGGACUUGCAUUUGGUGUCUUGGGGGUUUUUCUUCUCAUCGUUAUAUGUUCAAUCUGCUGCUGGAAAAGGAGGCAGAAUAUACUGCGAGCACAGCAAAUGGCUGCAAGAGAAGCUCCAUAUGCAAAAAAGAGGACCAAUUUAUCUCAGAACAUUCAGCUUUCCAGGCACCAUAAUCAUCAUGGCCAAUCGCGGACAGCAGCUGAGAAUGGACCUAUCUUGCUUUCAUGAUCCAAGAAACAAAACAUUCAACUCACCUUAAUUACUUUAUCUGGUCGAAAGUCAGCUAUUGCAUGAGUGCCCGGACUGAGUUUGAUCCAGGACAUGACUCCCCGACCAUCCAACAUAUGGACUUGCAUGGUUUCAUCGGUACAGUUUCGCACAACCUUGAUAUUUAAGUAACACCUAGAGGAUCCAGUAGAAAAUCACUUACAGAAGAUCGGAUCCCUCAUUCAGUGCCAUAUGUUGUACAUUGCUCCAAUUCUCUCUCCUUUCCAGUUUUGAUAAAGUUUUUUACAGACGGAGGAAGUGAUGCAUAUAGAGAUCAAAAUGUUACUUCUUCCCAAUA